AUGUCGACCGUUCUGCGGACACUGCGCAAUUUGCGCCGCAUUGGCGUCAAGGAAUAUGCCCACCAGAUGCAGAACAUCGGUGAUACCAAGGCCGGAACUCUGAUCGGAACCGACUCUUGGGGCAACAAGUUCUACGAGAACAUGAGCGAGGAGCUGCCCCUCCGCACACGAUGGGUCGACUACAAGACCAACUGGCCCGAGUACAAUCCCUGUCAGAUUGAGCCUGGCUGGCACGCUUGGAUCUCCUACCUUGUUGAUGCUCCUCCCACUACCGACAAGCUCCUUCAGUCCGGCCAGCGCGCCUUCGAGGUCCCUGAGCACCGUCCCAACCUCACCCAGACUCGUGCCGCUUUCAAGACCUACUCCACCACUGUCCCCAAGUACUCUGCUUGGACUCCUGUUGCCGCUCCCCGGUAA